AUGCUUCCAGACCUGCCGAAAAUCCCAGUCGGCACGACCUGGGACGAGGACACGGGCAAGAUAGAGCUGGCGUCUCCGACGGUGACGAUGUGGUCCGAGGAAUCCCCUGACCCUGGCAUGACUGAGGCGGCAGAGAUGGAGACCAUAAAGACCGAGACGGCAGAAGCCAAGAAAACAAAGGUGCCACUUGAAGAGCCGGCAGCGGAUGGGCACGACGGCCCUGUGUACAACGGCAAAAGAAUGAGAACUGCCAGGGGGUAUAUGCAGGAUUAUGACAUCCCCAACGAGCAGGUCUACCGGGAGGUGUACUUGUACACUGCUUCCCUGGCGGACAUGCUGUGCCGGCUGAAAGUCGACGCAGGGGUUGCGCACAGUGUGGCAACACACCCUUCGCCCAACGGCCGAGCGUAUGCGCUGGACAUAGUGGGGCAGCUGCAUGAGAAGAUCGUGGCGGGGGACUUCACAAACCCCAGCGCCUUUGUGGUGAACGUGAUGAAGCGCAAGAAGCACCUCCUGCGAGCCAUGCCUUCAAGUGACUACCACGUGCCUCCGCCGCCGACACAGCCUGAGACUGAUUGGCAGUCAGCCUGGAGCAAAGGAGAUUGGCGCCGAUGGGAGCACCAGAGCCGGCAGGAGAGUCGGCAGGAGAGUUGGCAUGUAAAGCGAAGCAAAUCAAUGGAUCCCCGAGAUGAUCGCAACAGCUGGGAUGGCCGAGAUGAUCGUGACAGGGAUCGCGGAGACAAUCCCACCUGGGAUCGCCGAGAUGAUCGCAACAGGGAUCGCCGAGAUGAUCGUGAUCGCGACCGCCGAGAUGAUCCCGACCGCCGAGAUGAGCGCAGGUACUACGACCGAGACGAUCGUGUUCGAGACGGCGAUUGGAAUCGUGAUUCCAGGGAGCGUUUCCAGAAUCGGCGCUAG